ACGAAUAUUACUACAAUAUAAUCCAAAAUAAAUGUAUGAAAGAUAAAAAUAUACCAAAGUAUGUUCCGUCCUUCUACAUAGGCGAGAUUAAACUUGACGUAGAACUUCCUUACUACCUAUUAACUAGAAAAUUGAAAUGCGUAGCACCUUACAUCAUAAAUAAAUUACAAGUUAACAAUAUCACAUCUGCUAUAUUUAUUCAAGAUGACGGGACUUUACAGGUCAAAAAUCGAGAUAACAACAGUCUCUACAGAAGAGAAGAAUAUUGCACCGACACGUUUUCAGAUGGAUUUAUAGAAAACACAUACGUAGGUGGCCUUUCCUGCCCUUCGAUCGAAAUUAUGCAUGAUAUUGUAGAAGAGCAUGAGCAUCACCAGAAAAAAAAGAAAAAUUCGAUAAAAAUGCAAAGUAAAUCUGAAGAAAGUGAUAGUAGCGCGUCUAAAAUAUUUUUCUUUGAAAUUGCCGGAAUUGGAUUUGCCAUAAUUUUAUUUUUGUACUAAGAAUGUUUAGAACUAUACAGAAUAAAUAAAUCGGUUGUAAUGCGUUAGAAAACUGUGCAUGGUUGGUAUUGAUGUAGUGAAAACAAGUAAAAACAAGAAUUAAAAGCUUCUGCUAUUGAAAUAGCAUAGUCUUAUUUUGAAACUUGUAAC